AUGCCCAUCAGUAAUAAUAUUCGUGUUGUCGUCGGUAUAGACUUCGGUACAACUUAUUCGGGAUUCUCAUUCGCGCAUUUAUCAAAUUCUAUAAUUGCAUCUAAUGAUAAAUGGCCCGAACAAGUGCCAAAUACAACUAAAAAUGAUAAAAUUGAAUAUUGGGAUCAAAUAGAAAACUUAAAAACAAAUACGAUCUUAGGUUAUGAUGCCAAUUUUGAAAGUGUCAAAUGUUGGGGACCGUCAGCGUUAGUUAAUACAACUGAACGAAAAGACAUAAAUCCUGUCGAAUUAUUUAAAUUACAUUUGAGUGAUUUGGAUAAUUUAGAUAAGGAUAAAAAAUCUAACAAACCUUAUCUCCCUUCUAAGUUAGUCUAUAAGAAAGCUAUCACUGAUUAUCUUCGGGAAAUGGGUAAACAAUUAGUUAAAAAGACUGUGACAACUCGUUGGCCUGGUAUUGAAUGGCACCAAGUGCUUUUAGUUCUUGCAGUUCCAGCGGAAUUUCCGGAAAAAUCAAAAUCAAUAUUGAGAAAAUGUGCAUACGAUGCUAAUUUAAUAAGUAACUUAAGAACAUAUAAGCUACAAUUCACUACAGAACCUGAAGCAGCGGCCAUAUAUUGUAUAGAUAAUAUUUCUGAAACUGAAAUCUAUGAUUAUAUUGGAAGAUCAUUCUUAGUUGUGGAUUGUGGUGGUGGUACCGUUGAUUUAACAAUUCGUAAACUAUUAAGUAAGGACGAAUUAGGAGAAGUAACUAUAAGAACUGGAGGCCUUUGUGGUUCGACUUACAUCGAUCAAGAGUUUAUAAAAUUUCUUGAACGAAAACUUGGAAAAUCCGCAAUCAACAGUUUAAAGGAACAUCAUUAUGGGCAAUAUCGACUUUUGAUACACGAAUUUUGUAAAAACGCUAAAUUGCCUUUUACUGGUGUUGAAGAAGAAUAUAAAGCCUAUGAAUUGGAUAUUAAGAAAAUAAGUCCAAAAUUGAAACAAUACGUUACUAAACAACACUCAAAUGAAAAUCGAUGGACGAUUAAACUUGCGUUUAAUGAUGUUAAAAAAAUGUUUAAUCCAGUUAUUAACCAAAUAAUUAAAUUAAUUCGUGAUCAACUUGAAAAAGAUGACACAUGUUCGAUCAUGUUUUUGGUUGGAGAAUUUGGUGAAUCGAAAUAUUUACAAAAAAGAAUCCAAGAAGAAUUUAAAGAACAACAAAUUUCAGUGCCUCCUCGGCCAAUUGCUGCUGUUGCACGUGGAGCAGUAAGUUAUGGAAUUAACGAAAAGUUUAUUAAGAAUAGAGUAUUGAAAUACAAUUAUGGAAGGUCAACUCUUAGACCAUAUGAUGAAAAUAUUGAUCCGAUUGACAGAAGGAGAGAAAGUGGACAUGUUUUAGUUUUUAAAUUAUUGGCCAAAAAAGGAACAGUCGUUGAUGUUGAUCAAAAAUUUUCUCAAACUUCUCAUCCGGAAAACAGUGAUCAAGAAAAAAUGUGGUACCAAAUUUUAAUAACAGAAAGAGAUGAUGUAAGAUAUCCUGAUGAAGAUGGUGUAAUAAAAUUAGGUGAUUUUAUUAUUGAUUUACCAGAUGCACAUCUUGGUAAAGAUAGAAAAGUUCAGUUUGAAUUAUGUUUUGGCAAAAUGGAAAUUCAAGCGUAUGCAAAAAAUGAACACAAUGGACAAGAAUAUGAAGCUACCUUUGAUUAUUAUGAUAAAGAUAUUGCUGAAAUAAGUGAAAUUUUAGAUGAAUUUUAA